UGUACGUCUUUACCUAUGCCAGUACAAAAAGUGAUAUGUAAUUAUUCAGACAAAUGAAUUACUUAAUAAUGUACUGAAAUCUGGCCAAAGUUAUCUAUACUGAAUCUAAAAAGUAGACAAUUUGAAAAGUACUAUUAUAAUGUAGCCUCAUUAUGGUGUUAGAUAUUAUGUCAGCUCCUAAGCUUCCAGCCCGAGUACCAUCACAGAGAGGGAGACCUUUACCGGAAACACCUAACAGUCCUUCGCAUUUGUCAACACACCAACCUCCAGUUAAAAAUCGAGCCUUACCGCCACCUCCGGCACAAAAUGUAAACAGUUCUCCGCAUAAUCAUGCGAGUCAAACCACUCGCCGAGUUCAAGUAUCAAACUCGUUAAACACAAGUGGACAAACUUUAAAUAAACGUCCUCUACCUCCGCCACCUGCGGAAGACAGAUACGUGAGCAGUCCCGUAACACCGCAUGAACAUAAUAGUGUUUCAACUUUACGUCGUGGAUUACCUCCAGUGCCAAAUGAAUCAUCAACAUCUGAGUCUCAAAAACGGCCAUUACCACCACCACCAGCCAAUGAUACUAUACCACCAAUUCCACCAAAUAGCAGAUCAUCACCUAAACAUACAGCUAAUGGAAACGUACCCAUUAGAUCAACGAAUAUAGUACCUAACGCGUUAGAAGUUCCACCUAAGUUACCAGCUAGAAAAUCAAGUGUUUCACACAGCCAUGGCUCUUCUACACCAGAUUUGGAAACACGUUUCCGGUUCCAUGAUGUUAAAGAUUUUCCUCAUCCUGAAGAAUAUCAGGACCAGGAAAAGAAAUAUCCAAGUCAAUCAGAAACAAAUGUUAAAGCAAGACGACGAAAAAGGACAUCGCCGAGAUAGCAACUGACGAAAAUCUAGUGUAACUUUAAGGACUGUUUUUUAAAUUAUUUUUGAAUAUUAUAAAAGCGCGACCUGUGCAGUUUAUAUAACAUUUGGAGAAAGUAGUAUUGGAAGCAUACUAUAAGCAUAGUUCAAUGCUAAGUACUUAUAACUCGCAUUUCAUUUUACUAAAAAUUCAUUAUAUAAUCAAGAAAACGUGCCAUUUUGUCUAUAAAACUAUAAAUCAUAUAACAUUGAAACUGGAUUUUAAUGAACAGUAAAGUUUUCAAUUGGUACAAAUACAUUAUUAGAUUAAAACUUUCAGUCUUAAUGGGUUUCUUAAUGUCAGUAGUAUAUACCCAAAAUAAUGGACCAAGGUAGCUUUGAGAAAGUGCGUCUUUGUAAAUAGAAAAAAAUAUUUCAUAGUAAACAGUACUUCCGAAUUACAAAUUCCUAACUACCAUGUCCAUGCUUUAGAUAUUAUAUUUAAUAAUAUAUAUAUAUAUUUAUAUGAAAUAAGAAAUUUAUUAAUUAAAUCUUAAAACAGAUGAAA